AGGAGGAAAAAAAAAGGGGGGGGUCGUGUGUGUGUGUGUGUGUGUGAGAGAUAGAGAGAGAGAGAGAGAGAGAAAACCAUUAUUUUGGAAUAAGUGGUACUGUCCGUGGUUAAAGAAAAAACAGAAUCCAAAAAUGAUCCGUUCUCAAUUCAAAAACUCCACCAGGCUACACCAGCUGCGGUUGGUUCUGUUGGGAAGAACUGGUUCAGGUAAAAGUGCCACUGGAAACACCAUCUUGGGUACAAAAUGUUUCCAAUCUAAUCUGAGCAUGAGCUCAGUGACAAAUCGAUGCCAGAAGGAAUGUGGAGAUGUUCAGGGACAGAGUCUAGCAGUGAUUGACACUCCGGGCUGGUUUGACACAUCCCUACAGCAAAGUGAGAUAAACCAGGAAGUGCUAAGAGGUCUGGCGAUGUGUUCACCUGGACCACAUGCAUUUCUGCUCAUCAUACCAAUUGUUCGCUUCACAGAGGAGCAGCAGCAGACUGUUGAUAUGAUUACAGAAGUAUUCAAGGAGAACAUCAACCGUCACACAAUCAUCAUCUUUACCCGAGCAGAUGAACUUGAAGGAGAGACAAUUGAGCAGUUUAUAUCCAGACAGGGCGAAAAAAUCCAGGAUCUUAUUGCACGAUUUGUUGGGCGUUUCUUGGCUUUCAACAACAAGGACCCAGAGAAUCGAGACCAGGUGAAACAGCUACUGAAGAAGCUGGAUGAGUUGCUCAAACAGAAUGAGUACCAUCACUUCACUUACCAGAAAACUCAGAUGCGGUUGGUGCUGUUGGGAAGAACAGGUUCAGGUAAAAGUGCCACUGGAAACACCAUCUUGGGUACAAAAUGUUUCCAAUCUAAACUGAGCAUGAACUCAGUGACAAAGCAAUGCCAGAAGAAAAGUGGAGUAGUUGAGGGGCGGAACCUAGCAGUGAUUGACACUCCAGGCUGGUUCGACACAUGCCUACAGCAAAGCGAGAUAAACCAGGAAGUGCUAAGAUGUCUGGCCAUGUGUUCACCUGGACCACAUGCAUUUCUGCUCAUCAUACCAAUCGCUCGCUUCACAGAGGAGCAGCAGCAGACUGUUGAUAUGAUUACAGCAGUAUUCAAGGAGAACAUCAAUCGUCACACAAUCAUCAUCUUUACCCGAGCAGAUGAACUUGAAAGAGAGACAAUUGAGCAGUUUAUAUCCAGACAGGGCGAAAAAAUCCAGGAUCUUAUUGCACGAUUUGGUGGGCGUUUCUUGGCUUUCAACAACAAGGACCCAGAGAAUCGGGACCAGGUGAAACAGCUUCUGAAGAAGCUGGAUGAGUUGCUCGAACAGAAUGAGUACCGUCACUUCACCAACCAGGAAACAGAAGCUGUAGAGAAAGCACUAUCAUUGCUAAAAGAGAAAAAGCUAAAAGAUUCAAUUGAGAAGGCCAAGCAGGAAGUAAGGCAGAUCGGUGCACAACGCAAGGCUGAUAUCAACAAAGCCCUGGAGAUGGACAAGCAAAAGGUAGAACAGCAAAGACGUCACACCCAGAAUGUAAUCUUCUGUGUAACAGCAGAAAUGAAUAAGGAAUCUGAAAACCUUUAUGAAAGUCCACACAGGCUGCAGUUACUGCAGAAAUCUCUACAGAGUGCAGAAAACCAACUCACAAAGCUGGAGGAAGAGAAACACAUGAGGAUAAAGGAAAGUGAUUUGGAGAUAAAUAAUGUCAAAAAAUGGAUCAUAGAAGAAGAGCAAAGGAGAGAGCAAGAGGAGAGAGAAAAAGCUUAUAAUGAUGAUGAAAGCAAAUGGUAUUUGGAUGAAAAAUAUUUCACUAUUCUGAAGUACCUCAUCUUCUUUUUGGGAGGUGCUGGAGCUUGGCUUCUGUUGGGACCAUUUUUUCUAGCCUCUGCAGCACCUGUAGGUCUGUUAGCCGAGUUAACUGCACUGCUCGGACCAGAGCUUGCAGCCGCAGUGAUGGCAGCAGCUGCAAAAGCAGCUUCUAUAAUGGGUGUGGCAACAAAGGUAGCUCCACUGGUGACUAGCCUCUGUUCCAUUCAGUAAAACACAAACAAAUACAUGUAUCUGUCUCAUCCUGUAAGUUUGAACGAAUCUAUAAAGUCACUGUAUUGUAGUCCAGCAUUUUUUAAUGUAGAAUUCAUGUUCUUCUAAAGGGCAAAGUAGUUUUUCAUUUCUUUUGUUUUGUAUGUGAGAGUAAAUCUUGUGCACCUCACGAUGGACUAAAUGUAACGUUGCCUGUUCCCUACAGUACAAUGAGUUUAACACCUCUGCUCUAGUCUAUGUGACGGUAAUAUCGCAUAUAUAGAAUCAAUAAUAAUAACAUGUUUUAUUAGUAAUUUUUGCAUGUACUAAUCACAGUCAGUGUACCGCUUGCAUUCUCUACCCUCUGGUACAUGCCUUUUUUCAAUGCAGCAGUUACUUUACAUUUUAUUCCUAACAUAAUAAAGCCAUUACAUUAACUGGAACUGUAAUCCUAUUACUUUAAUGUUAAUAUACUACUACAGUAUAUACUAUAUUAAUAUACUACUAUUAUCAGUACAUAUUUGCAGUAAUCAGAUACAAAAGUGUGUUUCAAUGUUACAAUGUGUUUAUAGACAUGUAUCAUUUGAAAUAAAAGAAUUUUUUCGAUUUUAA